CGAUAUUCCUUAUGCCGUAACACCCACCUAAGCCAUGGGGGAUUGGCCUGACAAGCCUCUAGAAUCUAGAAAACAGACGCGACUCUGCAAGACAUUUAGUGGGUCAGCCAACCAUGUGGCGACAGUUACGAGGCGAGCAAGACGACUACGCGAGAUUCGUCCAGCAAGCGACAUGACAGCCUACACAUUUACAUCUUAGCCAGUACAUCCCUACCUCACGGUUCUUCGGGGAGAUGAGGGCUUAGCACACCGCUCGCAGCAGCAAUUCCGCGUGAUCGUGAAGCCUUUGCCCGCAGGAACCGCCUAAAGCAUACUAGAUCUCACUUGCCCUUCGCACAGUCGAACGCGUUACAAUAAUCACCGUUAGCUCGCUUAGGGAUGCGGGGAUUCUCGGGGCUCCUGGAAGGGGUCAGUCUGGCCUUGGGACGGCCUCUGGCGACUGCAGCGAAGCGUUUCGGCGAUUUCAGAGGUCGCCACAUCGCCGCCCCCGCCAGGCGAUGGCGACGACCACUGCUGCACGUCCAAGCAGGAGCAGGUGGAUCUUGUGUCCUCUGUGAGUCACUCUCCCUGUCUUCACUGUCCUGUGAGACAGGCAUUUCUGUUUCCGUGCCCCUCGCGGCUUGACGUUCCGAAUUAACCUCUGCCACACGUCCACGCAGGAGCAGCUCGAUCUGCUCUCCACUGUGAGCCCGCCCUCGUGCCUUGAGUGCGCUGUGACUGACUGCAUUGUCUCCACACCUCUAGCCCGUAUGGCCGCUGCCACACGUCCAAGCAGGAACAGCUCCAUCUACUCUCCACCGCGAGCCUACCUUUCUACCUUGAGUGCGCUGUGAGACCAGCGGUUUACAAGGGGUUUAAUUUGCAGCCGCCUGCUGGAGGGAAGCGUGAUGACAGCCAGGUUGCUUUCCGUUUCAAGAUGCCACACGUCCAAGCAAAGCCACGCCUCUUGCUUUCUCUCUCUUCUGGCACUGAGUGUAGGCGAUGGGAAGCCUAAGAGAGGAGGUCCUAGCACGUGACCGCCAUCGUGAGGCGGGCUGAGCAUUCCUCCUGUAUUGUUCCUCCUGUAUUGUUCCUUGUGUGCUGUUCCCUCUCGCUUCUCCUCCAGGUGCUGAGUGCAGGCGACGAGGCUCUGAGGGAGGAGGUCGUAGCAGAGGACUAUGACGAUCUGAGCCAUAUGUGGACCAUCGUGAGGCAGACGGCAGUAUCAAUGAGCGCCAUGUCGGGCGCCCAAGGAGGAUGUUCUUGGAGUACAGCACUGGCAGGGGUGGUGGAGGGGGGGUCUGGUGGGGGGAGGGAAGGGGGAGCAGGGGAGAGGGAUAAAGCCCAAGGAUCCAGCAAAGAGGCAUUCUCUUUUGAUGGGAACACACUGCGCACCGCUGCUUUGAUAGGCGCACACUGCGUUGCAGCACUGCCAUCAACAGUGCGACCGGUAUUGGUUUGAGGUUCACUUCCGCGGGGUGCUGCUGGGUUAAGGAAAGGCAACAUAUUGAAACAUGCUGCCAGCUUUGGCUCAAAGCAGAGCACCAGCAUCACGCAGCAACAACAAGCUGGUGCUCAGUUGAGAAAGUAUUGAAGCUCUUGAGAAAGGGGAGCUUCAUUCAAGUCCUGUGCUGGGUCACAAACACAGUGACAGCGAUGAGGAGUGAUGCUUCAGUGUGUGCCUAGUCCUUUGCUGGUACAAUGAAAGUUGAGAUGCAAAACACAUGUUCUCGGCUCCAAUGCAUGCAGCAGACCAACCUAUGAUGGGCGGCUAAAGAAUGCAGCGCCACGUACUGUAUGUGUGUUGUGUCAUAUGGGGUACUCAGGUAUUCAGCAGCUUCUGGCAUUUGAUGUCAACACAUUUAUAUAUUGUAAUAGGCUAGAUAGGUGCAUGCUUAUAGAGAGUACAGCACCAUAGCACAAAACCUGCCUGUAUGCUUCAUUCUAGUC